AUGAUGAACGAAGAUGAGGUGAAUGACCUAAUCCACAGAUGGCGAAAUACUCCAGAAGACGAUUUGAAUCCAGAGGACUACCAGCAGUUCAAGAAUUUGGGAUCCACCUGUCUCACUCAGGGCGACAGUGCACAACUACUGAAAUUUCUUCAGAAUGAGAAAAACCAGGGGGUUGUGAAGUCUAUGGGCUGUGUUCUCAUUGCACCUCUUGUAAAUGAAGUGGUUAAAAAAGAGAAGAGAGAGAGAGAGAGUCUCGAUCACUGCCAGGCUGCCAUCACACAUCUGACCAGGACUUGCAACCUGAAUGAACUCCUGCAUAGCCUGCUCCAGCUAAUCGAAGACAUCGAUCCAGGAGCCAUUUCUGAGACCAUCUUAGCCGUUGCUCCACAUGUGCAAACAGUGCUGCUGCAGCUGGAUGACAGAAAGGCAGUCGGAGUGGGUUUGGCUCUGACAGCCCUGCAGAAGCAGUUGUCCCGGCUGCCUGUGCCCUACACGCAUCAGCAGGAGGAGGCUGAUGAGCUCGGUGUGUGUCGCUGCUACAGCGCCUUGUCUGUGUUUACAAAACCAUUCAUCGAGGAGGUGAAGAGCAGAAAUGGAAACUAUCCUGUGUCCACUGAGGAUGAGGAGCUAAGGACAGAGCUGCUCAAAUUCUGCAUGAGGAGUUUGAGGGAGCCGUUGCUCGAGGCUGAACUGAACCGAAACAGAAAAUCGGCACUGUGGCUUUUUGCAACAGAGAUAAUGAUCACGCUACCUGCAAUCCACGAGUCCCUGUCAGAGCUCCUGUUCUUCAGCCCUCUGAAGAAAAGCACCCACACAGACGACAGUCAGUCGGUGGAGUCAAAAGCUUGUCUGGCUUAUCUGCUGUUUGUCCAGCUCAUCAACAUCGACAGCUUUCCGGCAGUGUUCAGUCCCGAAUUUGUUCUUCAGUGCAACAUGGAGUACAUCAAUCAACUGCUCAGUAGCAAGAAGGAAUCGCACUUGCUCAAAGGACUGGCACUGUAUGAAAAAAGCCUGGAGAACGUGCAGGACAGCAGCCUUCCAGUGACUCUACAGGAACUGAGGAGCUUCUAUAAUGUACCACAGAACCUGCGGCUACUUCUUACUGACUGCCCAAUGAAGCAUUUGAGAGAAUCUGGACUUCAAGUUUUCCAGCUCUUCAUCAAUAAAUUAGAUGCUGAAGCAAAGCACAAGUUCUUCAGGUGCAUGUUAAAAACCAGCAACCAUGCAGGAGUAGAGAGUCACAUCGUAAAGAGCAUCAGGAGGCAAGCUGAAAUUUCUAUGGAGCCAGGUAAUGCCAAUAAAUGGUUCCUGGGGGAGGAGUUCCUCUCAUUGUUGGGACUGGUUUUUUGUUUGCCACAAGGUGCUGAGACAGAUCUGCUGAACAGUAUGGACAGGAUAAUGGAGUGUCUGAAUCUGCUACGCUACCUCUUCAUCAGAGACAAAGAACUGAGGAGCAAUACAGAUGUGUGGGAAGAGCUGUGCAGGAUCAAAGAUGAAUACCUAAAAAUGCUGCGCGUGUGUAUCAGCAUAUCAAGAGGAUAUUAUUCGGCUGAACUGAAGGCACUGCGGGAGGAUCAAAAGCUAAAAGCAAAAGAAGCCCGAGAUGCUGCCAGAUCCACCAGACUAGUUCAAAGCAUUAAAGUGAAACAUGAGAAAGUGUCUAAUAUGUCCCCAGAGGUCCAACAUCAGGUGUUGCAGAGCGCUUUGGUGACUUUUGACCUGAUGGAGAGUCUUAUCGUCCGUAUUGAAGAGAUCGCAGAGGAAAAGCAGAAGAUCCUAAACUAA